AUGUCUUCGGUAAGCAAUCCAGUGAAACUAUCGAUCCUGCUCCUCGCUGUGACUUUUGUUCGCGGUGCUGUGGAUGUGGAUGUGGCAGAGGAGUCACGCAUUAUUGGUGGCCAGUUUGCUGCUCCGGGACAAUUUCCGCAUCAGGUGUCCCUUCAGUUAAAUGGACGCCAUCACUGCGGCGGUUCCCUAAUCUCCGAGACCAUGAUCGUGACAGCAGCCCACUGCACCAGGGGCCAGAAUCCCGGCCAAAUGAAGGCCAUUGUGGGAACAAACGAUUUGAGUGCCGGAAAUGGUCAGACUUUCAACAUUGCGCAGUUCAUCAUCCAUCCGCAGUACAAUCCGCAGAGUCAAGACUUUGAUAUGUCGCUGAUUAGGUUGAGCAGCCCGGUUCCGAUGGGAGGAGCUGUACAGACCAUUCAACUGGCCGAUUCGGAUGCCAAUUAUGCCGCGGAUACGAUGGCAAUGAUCAGCGGAUUCGGCGCCAUCAAUCAGAACUUGCAGCUGCCCAACCGUUUGAAGUUCGCCCAGGUGCAAUUGUGGAGCCGUGACUACUGCAAUUCCCAAAACAUUCCCGGCCUCACCGAUCGCAUGGUGUGUGCAGGACAUCCCAGUGGCCAAGUCAGCUCCUGCCAGGGAGACUCUGGUGGCCCGCUGACCGUCGAUGGCAAGCUCUUCGGUGUGGUGUCAUGGGGAUUCGGUUGCGGAGCCAAGGGACGCCCGGCCAUGUACACCUACGUGGGUGCUCUCAGAUCCUGGAUCAAACACAAUGCCAAUGUGUAA